AUGGGUCACAGUUUCCGGACUGACGACGGGAUCAUCUACGAUGAAGUCGCUAUCGUGGGUAGCGGCGCAUGCGGGCCGCUUACCCUUGCCGCUGCUCACAUGCACGACCAAGGAAUGCCACUGGAGAUUGUUCGGGACGCCGUAGAUGGAGAGCUUGCACCGGAUGUGGUUGCCCUCGUGGCCGAGAUUCGCAGGAGGGUCGUCGAAAGAUCGCGAGGUCACCCUCUGUGCGCUGACACCAUCGAUGCCUUCAGGGGAAGGGACAAGCGCAAGGGUCGAUACAUCAAAGCGCUCCAGAAUCCCAAGUACGCCAUCAAGACGCGGGCGUUGUGGGAGUUCGUGAUGGGCCACCCCAAGGGAUGGGUCGAUGGCAUCUUCUUACUCUUGGGGGGCGAGGAGCUCGCGCUGGAUUUCGACAUUGUCGUUGUACGAGAGGACAACGUAGUGGUGCCAGUUGUUUCUCGGAAGUUCAGCGCGAAGCCGCGGCGUUACAUGGCCCGAUGGGACGAUAACGGGCACUUCACGCUGCUUGUUAGGAAGGACGCGGGUGGCGCCAGGGAAGUAGUGUCCGGCGUCGUGGAUUCAACCUCCAGCGUCCGCGACGACAUAACAUUUGGCUCGUUUGACCCGUCUAUGGAAACCGAGACUACGACGAGCGGGGGCUACCCUCCUUUCGACACUGAUUGCGCCCGCGACGACAUCACAUUUGGCUCAUUUGGCCCGUCGAGAACUGCUAGCGCCGGAGGGGUGACUGAUGCCACCGCGAGUGACACCGACAUGACCAGCUGCGAUGCCGGGGAUGAGAGCGCCGGAGAGGUGAAGCUCGGUGGAGUCUGCGGAACUGGCCAGAUCCUUUCGCUCGUCGUAGUGGUCGUGUCCGUGAACAUACUUUUCUCGGCGCUCCGAGCUGCCUUUGCCGUUGCUGGUGAGCUUGCCCAGCCCGUCAUCACCAACUCCACCCGCGGCGCCGCGAAGGCCGUGGGUAUCUUUCGUGAUGGGGUUACAUCGAUCUGUCGCUACAUCGGAGGGGCGGCUCUUUGUGGGAUCGGGUCCGCAUCCGCCCGCGUUUGGACCUCUAUGGCACUGACGGCCGUCACUGAGAGCACCAUUGGUUCUACAUCCGCACUCCAAUCUAGAUCUUCGGUGGCGGUGGCGGCGGUCGCGGAAGUCUCGCAGUGGUGGGAGGAGGAAGUCGAGACACCUCUGAUCGACGUGGGCGCGGGCGCUGUGUUCACGGUCCGUCCUCCGAGCAUUUUUCGCAAGUGUAGAGUUGUUCGCGGAAGGCGCUAUCGCCCGGCUAGACACGGUGGGGUCGUCGGCAUCAGUCUCCCUCGCAAAUUGGCGACCCUUUUGCGCCUCAAACUAAAGCUGAUGAGCAAGAGACGGUCACCAGCAAGCGCCCGGGGAGAUGGAUCCAUGGACAACGUUGCUGCUGCCUUGACUGGAGUAACGUACCUCGCGAUCGCUCUCGCGUUCUGUACUGUGUUCGGUCGAGUGAUGGGUUUCUCCUACUACCUGACCAUCUCCAGCUGGAUCGUCUUCUCUCGGUCGCUCCGCAGUGGGGAGCUCCUGGACGAGCUAGGGGGCAAUAUUGACCUAGCGUCCGUCCGGGGUGGCGCGGGGCCAGCCGGAACGACGACGAGAUCUGCGUCGGGCUUAGUAGCACCGGCUCCGGCAAGGUUCAAUGAAGACGGUGGUACUACGUCUGCGGCACCUGCUCUUGAGAGACCCCACAUGUUCUGGCUCGCUAAGAUGAGAGGCUGGAAGGUGCUCUUGGAAAGUGGAGAAUGGUCACAAGCUCAAUAUAACAAAAUAAUGGCCGAUUCGAAAGAUGAGCGGGAGAAUGCGGAAAAGGAGUGGCUAGAUGAAGCAGCCGCGAAGAAAGAAGCAGAUGCGGCAGAAGCAGCGGAAAGACGGAGGGUGGAAAAGCUUGCGUGUUGCGAGUGCGAUGAGCUGGAAGACCGUCCCAAAGGCGACGAGCUUGUCUUGUGCGAUGGUGACGACUGCCCCUGGGGUGCCUGUCACAUGAAAUGCGACAAGCCCAACCUUAAGAGCGUCCCAAGAGGAGAUUACUUGUGUCCCAAAUGCAGGGAGAGAAAUGAGGAGCACGAGCUACUUUGUGAGAGUGCUGCUACGGGAGAAAAUGAAGAGGGCGAUGUUGCGGCCGGUGAUGGUGGGGCGGACGGUGAUGAUGGUGGGGAGGGUGGUGAUGAUGGCGACGAGGGUGGCGUCGGUGGUAUAGCGGGCGGUAAUGGCGUUUCCAUGGAUGUGAGUGGUGCCACGAGAGACGAUGGUGGUGUACAGGGCAAAAAGAAAAGUGUAUCACGGAAGAGCUCUGCAAAGAAUAAAAAGAGUAUAUGUGCGCCCAAGAACAAGCGUGGGCGUCUACCCCUUCCUUCGGGUAGGCAUAGUGGUCUGGUUAAUUUUGGUGACGACGACAAGCUGCGUGAUCAAUUGGAGGGUAAUAGGAAAAGAGCUAGGGAUUUACGUGAAGAAAUCAGGGGAGAUAGGGCGAAGGCGGACCAUAGAUAUCUGACACUUUGCGAAAUCAAGGCGGCUCUGAUGGAUGUUGAUGGUGAUACGGGUGGUGAUUUUGAUACGGCUUGGAAAAAACUCGGGAAGAUCGACUACCGACUCUAUGGGAUCACGGUCAUGGGUAGGCGGCUGAGAGGGAAAGGGGUGCAGUACGAGAAGGGGACUAAAGUGAGGGAUUCCGAUGGGAGGGAGGGGGUUGUGGCCGGGUAUUCUUUGGACAAGGAAACGUGCUCCGGUCUCUUUACAGUUCAGUGGGGAGAAAAAGAAACGACAGAGCACGGGCUGUACGAUGUGCUCGAGCUAGCCGAAAAUUUCGGUGACCCGGACGUUGUGACAAUAGGCGAUGACAAGUGGCGCGUACGUAUGUUUCUUCGUGGUGUCUUGUGUAUGGUAAACGUCCAAGUACGGCGGUAUACAACUAGUUCAGAAAACCGUGUGACGAGAAGACGUAACCUGUAUACUUUGCCGUCAGAGAGUGCAGAUAGGACGAUGGCUAUGCGCAAAACAGCGUACGAAGAGAUCCAGGAUGUUUCCUCCGCUAGCACGAUGACGCCGUACGAGAUUAAAAUCCUCGAGUCCCCAUCGGACCCCGAGUUGGUACGAGAUUUGGAGAAAGCCGGGUCUUUCUUUACGAUGCUGGGGUUAGACGGAUUCAAGGAUACGCAAGAACUGGGUUUAGUUUAUGUCAGAGAAGAGUUCCAUAAAAGACAAGUCGAGUUUGCCAACCACUUCAUUAGAGGAGCACAGGUGGCGUGGAAACUUGGCCGCCCCACUAGCUUUGAGUCGUGCUUGGUUCCUGUUUCAGCGGGGGGUGUAUAUACCGAGCUUCCCAGUGAGAUCAAUUGCGCGUCGUGCGAUAGGGAAAACACAGUCGUCACCAAUACCUGCCAACAAGCGCGCGAGUGCGGGUUGGGUGUGAGGGCACUACUAGUGAAGGCCAGGGUUGGUAGUGUGGAAUCAGGGUGCUACAAGUGGAUGAAGCAUUUUCCGCUUUACCGGGUGUUUGUAGAUACGAGGCCAGAUAGGAUCGGCAAAAUCAACGUCGGGACCGAGAACACGAGUCAUGCAUCGCAGACACGUAAGGACGCUGCUUUGCUCAAAACUGGCGUCGACGUAAGCGCUACCAGUUCGCAAGACAGAGCUGUUCUCAAACAGAUUGGGGAAAAGUAUAAGGAAGUGGCCAACGUGAAAAGAAGCGAUGCGUCAGACUACGAGAACGGUCUCAAGAGGGUUGGGAAUGGUCAAAAAUACGACAACGGACGUCUAGCUCGAGGAGCCGAGUGGAAGAAGGACUUGAAGUUCUUGGGGGAUUCUGUGGAGGAAAGUGUUAUCGCUCCGUUCAUGGACAGGAUCGGGGAGGAUGCUGAAGGCCGGGAUGAGGUGGUCAAGAUGUGCAUGGAAGUCCUCGAGGACAAGUCCGACGCCACUCACAACAAAAACAGGUACCUCGGGAAGCGCUUGGACGAGGACCAUCUGUACCCCGACUCGUACCGAGCACAGAUCGAUGCUGUCGUCGGUAUGUUCUGGGACUCGGGAGUGGACGCGUCGGAUCUGGCUUCUUUCAGCCAGGGUCUGCAAAUCCUCGAUUCGUUGACAGCAGCUUGUCUUCGUCCGCAAGACUGGUUGGGGUGCCUGGCGAGCCAAGUGUACGUGAAGGGAACGCGGCUCAUCUUCGUUUUGCCACCGGAGUGCAAAAACUCAGAGGCCUUGAAGAAAAGCGAUAUCGGAUUGGUGGUGACCCACGCGAAGAGCGACAGGACAAAAGGCCCCUACGCGGUCAUGAUGGUCAUCGGACGUAGACUGAUGAGGAAGCACCUGGAAGCCAACUACAAGGAUGCCCGUUCUCAGGUGCAAAAAGCACAAACAAACUUAGCCGAUGCGGUGAGAAACUCGACAAAGGAUGGAGUCGUAAAAGCUCGUAAAAUCUUGGCCGCGGCGGAGAGACAACUUACUGAGUACGCGCCAACAGAGUCGGAGAGGAAGAACGAAGAAGAUAGGGCUAAAGCAGAAAAAAGAGAUCAGAGAGAGAUUGGAUAUGCGGAGCUUGGAGAUAAAGUUUGCACAUUCACCGCAUACGGCAAAAACUACGAUCAAAGCAUGCUCAACGACAUGUACAAGUACGUGGGGGAGUACUAUCUCGGGUUGCCAGCAUUCGGGCCGAAUAUCCUCCGCUCCAUCCAUGUCACCGAUGUUAUGGAGGUGUGUUAUAAGAUAGGUAUCCACUACGACGACAUGAGGUUAGUUCGUCACUUUGCCUUAGCAAGGCACGGUGAAUUCGAAAGGAAAAGGGCGUACAAUGGACACACAAUGGACAUGGUACAGGACGACCCGAACUCCAUAGGUGCUGUGUUUGCAGGGAUCUUGCAGUCUCAAGACUACUCGAAUCGUCCUUUGGACAAGCAGGGCAUGAAAGUAGCACAAGAAAAGACUCUGAAAGCGAUGCUCCACGACUCUUACGAUGAAUCGGGUGUCAGUGACGUGGUGGGGGGGGCGGAACUGUUCGGAGACGAUCCAGAAAAUCUGAAUAUUCGACGGGAGGAGUAUAAGAAGCGAAUGCAGUGUAGGAUUGUCCAGUACGACCGUUCGAUCGAAUCGGGGGGGGGUGUGGGUGUGUCACCGGUCGAUGAGAAUGAUAAACUUCGGUCUUUGCGCCUAAAGGCAGAUAUGGAGGAACAGCUAGCGAGGAUCCGAGUGGCAAAGAUGCAGGGGCGUAGUGGUACACAAGGAGUCAUGCAGAUGGGGGGGGAGUUGGAACCUCGCGCUGCCCCGCCUCGUAGCACGGGGGUGAAGAGAGCGGUGGCCGAUAUAGUGUUGCCCGUCGAUAAAAAGCCCAAGAAGGAGAGUGAGAAUGAGUACACAGAGAGGCACUGCAAGAAACAGGAAGAAAAGAGGCACCACCUACAGAAGAUGAACGUGCUUUUCAAUAGACUGGCGAGGGAGGAGGUCAAGGACGUGAAUUCGACGUUUGGUAAAGGUACUUUAGCGUACAAGCUGAAUAGGGAGAAAGGCAAACCGGGCUGCAUGUUUUUACCAGCUGUUAAGCCGGAGCUGGAAAAGUUAGACGCAGAUGUUUGCGAUGGGUUUUUCGGUGCGUUCAAAAAGGUCAAGAAUUUGUACGAUUUCCGUAAAGACCACCCUUGUUCCUACGAGUGGCAUUUGUGGCACGAGACGGGUGUUUAG